UUCCCUGUUAACCUCCAUUUUGUAACUUGGUCAGAUAAGUUGGUUGCAAGUUUGUUUGUGCAUCAUUCUGUAGUUAAAUUAAUUGUUGUGUUUGACCCUCCUAUUUUAAAGUGUACCUGAUACAGAUCACAAUUUCAAAAUGUCUGGAAUAGCCAUCUCACGAUUAUCGGAAGAAAGGAAAGGCUGGAGAAAGGAUCAUCCUUUUGGAUUUGUUGCAAGACCUUCUAGAUCUCCUGAUGGAACUCUCAACCUUAUGAACUGGGAAUGUGCUAUACCUGGGAAGAAAGGAACGCCAUGGGAAGGUGGUUCUUACAAACUAAGGAUGAUAUUCAAAGACGAUUAUCCUUCUAGUCCGCCAAAAUGCAAGUUUGAGCCACCAUUAUUCCAUCCAAACGUUUACCCAUCAGGUACUGUUUGUUUGUCUUUACUUGAUGAAGAAAAGGACUGGCGCCCAGCUAUCACAAUAAAGCAAAUUUUGCUUGGUAUCCAAGAUUUGUUAAAUGAACCUAAUAUUAAAGAUCCAGCUCAAGCUGAAGCCUACACUAUUUAUAGCCAAAAUCGCAUUGAAUAUGAGAAGAGGGUUAGAGCCCAAGCUCGGGCUAUGGCUGCAACUGAAUAAUCUGAGAAUCAGGAGUAUAUUAUUCUUGUACUCAGUUGAAUGGACAAUGUGUUUAUUUUCUUUUGUACAGAAUAUGACACUGUCACUAUUGAGUAUAACAUACACAUAAUUAAAGUAUUUAGAGUAUAAUAAACUUUUCUAAAUUAUUGUGUUAUUUUAGUUUUAUAUAUUGAAUAAUUUUGUAAAUAAAGUUUCUUAAUGGUGAUAAAGUUUUAACUGCUGUCUUUUCAAUUGUUAUGGCCCACUGAUAUAAAGAUAGAUUUGUAAUUAGAUAAGUUUAUUUUAAUAGUAUUAUAAGGAUUAUCACAAUCCAGAUGUACAUACUCAGGCUUUUUAUACAUUAUUUUAUGUAAUUUUCUAUAAACAGUUGUACUUAUGGAUUAUUUUUUUUACUUCAAUAAUGUGUAAAACUUCAAUUUUAUUCUCUCAUUGUUUUAAUAUUUUACAGACAAUUUUAUGUUAAUAUGAUGGAAAACAUAGUUAUUUCAUACAGUUGCAUGCAAUGAGGUGAAUUCAAAAAAUAAAAUUUUGUCUCUAA